CUCACUUGCGCGCACUCCUACUUCGAACGUCAGAGAUCGCGCGCGCACCAGACAUUGCACUCCAACCUUUUUUAUUGUGAAGAUAAUUUCGUGAUGGAGAAGGAGCAUCAGCCAGAUUCGAUGGCGACCAUCACCAUGAAGCCGGAGUACCCCCCGUCGGAGGUGUACAGCACGUCGGAGCCGCCGCCGGCAUACCGCCAGCGGCCUUCGUCAUCGGUGCAGAUCGCCCGGAUCGCUGCGCUGACGGUGGUGGCUGCCUCCUUUAUCCUGGGCUCCUUCAUCCUCGCCUCCAGCUGGGUGGCGGCGCGAGCCUCAUGCCACCAGCUCGAGCAGCUCGAUGCCAUGCUCGACAAGGAACUUGCUCUCGAAGGCAGAGCUUAUGGAAACGACGCGUUGAUGGCGGACGAACCUCUGCCAAACGCACAUGCACUGCAAGGCGUGCCGCCGCCCGCGCCGUCCGCGCAGGCGUCAGCGGCGCCCGCGCAGGCCCCGAGCCUAUCGCCCGUGCCUGCCAGCCACACCAAAGAGGACUCGCUCAACCAAGCUGAGUCCAAGAUCGAUGAGGAUAAACUACAGAAAAUCGACGAUGACAAUUCGAAGACCGAAGCGGCUGCAUCGAGCGACGAGAGCUCAGAGUCCGACAGCUCCUCGGAAGAUGACGACGACUUGGACGCCGUGCGCCCCGUCUUCAAGCUGCCCAUACAGUUCGACCUUGACGAGCUAGCGGGGGCCUUCCUUGCCAACAACCAGAAGGGCCGUAUGAACUGCAUGGUGGAGCGCAGACGCGAUGACCCGAUGGAGAGGCGGUUCCCGUUCAACAUCCUCGGCGCCUUCGCCCCCCGCAACGCGCACGCUGAACGCAUCGCCAUCAUCUGCCACGGAGGAGACGAACCCAGGCCGAUGGGUUUCCCGGAACCGCAGUCGCAGGUGUUCGCGUUCCCGUUGUCUGGCCCGGUGAGACUGCCGCUGAGGCCGCAGCCGGAACGCCAGGCACCGCCAGCGCCCGCACAGGAGCCUCGCAUGGCUCCCUUCGCACCCAUGCAGCAUCGCCCGGCGCCCUUCCCUAUGCCCAUGCCAUGGGAUUCGUCCGAGGAGCAGAUGGCAGCCCCCCGCGAGAUGCGCAUCCAUGUGCAGCGCGUGAUCGCCAUCCCAGCGCCCCACAACAUGCCGCCUCCACCUGAGGGCCUUGCCAACAUGGGCCCCUUCGCGCCGCCACCACCGCCGCCGCAGACACAUGACCAGAAUGAGCAGCCGACCGUGCUUCACCAAUUUGUGCCCCAGCCCGCUCCCACGCAAGAGUUAGAGCAGUCCGAGAUCCAGAAGAUGCAGAUGCCGUGGGGGCUCACUCCUGAGGACCUCCACAUGAUCCACCGCACAGCGGAGGACGCCGCCGCCUCGCAGCGCCGUGACCACCAGAUCGACAAUGACAUGCAAGAGGUGAAGACGAUCGUGAACACGCUGGCGGCGGCAGCGGAGGCGGAGGCAGAGGCGCAGGCGCAGGCGGAGGAGCAGCGGCAGGCGGAGACGCACUCGCCUGCACAGGAGCAACCAGCGCCGCGCGCACCGCGCACGCUGCUGCUGCCGCAGGAUAUGCCCAUGGAGGAGAGGCCGCAUUAUAUGCAGCCCCGUUCGGUGCGCAGUGUAGACGCACUUAUGCACCACGAGAAGCGCGUCAAGCGUUGCGCAUGCAGCUGCGACUAAACAUGCAGCGCCCACGCAAGCCCGCGCAUGCGCCGCCCCCGUGGCACCCUCCGUCCAUGUCACAACAUUGUAACAAAGUAAUAAUCUUUGUUUAAAGAAAAACACGACUUUUCGCCCCCCCCCUUUAUGUAAAUAAAGUUGUUAAAUCCUGAGCUUCGAAAUGUCGUUUUCAAUUACCUAUCAAUCUUUAAGGUUAUAUUUAUGGGAGUUUUGUGAUUGUUAAUCAUAAAUUACACAUUUUAUGUUUCGUUGUACGAUGUAUAGAGUUUAGGUGUACCUUUUAUGAAUCAUUUGUAUCUCAAGAAUGCAAUACCAACAAAUUACAUAUACAUUUAAUCAGAUGUAAUUGGUUGUGGACAGCGGGAGGUCGGCGAAUGAAAGUAUUUCCCUGAUUAAAUUCAUCGCCGCCUGUACAUUCCGGCUCUCUACCAGGCAUUCAUCGCGUCCAUACAAAAUAUUUCACCGUUUUAAUUUACAGUAAAAUAAAAGUGCAUUUUGUUGGGUUAAUAUUGCAUUUAUGUCGGACCAGUAAAUUAUAACAUUGAGAUAUUGUUGUUGUAUUCUAAAUCAAUCUCACUUUCUAUUGUGAUCCUAAAUUAAAUUUAUUAGUUGUA